AUGAGCUUGCGGCGAAUUCGGGUGCUCCGCGAGCGGUUCCACACGGCAGCGGCAUCGGUGAUGAGUGACAAUGCCAAGUUCUUGGAGACCGAUGUGGACGGAUGGAAGCGAAGGUAUGGAGAACUCUCGCGAGCCGUGGAUGCCGUGGUCGAGCAAGCAGGGGAGAUUAGCAUCAACACGACAGUUUCGAGAGCUUUCGUGUCUCUUCUCAAGUGGUGCGUACAAGAGAAUAAUCUAGCACAAGUUCGUCGUGUGCACGACUUCGUGUCCGCGAGGCAUCCCGGCUGCGCCGAAGACCAGUUCGUGGGAAACAUGAUACUACAGGCUUAUCGGAAGCUUGGGCAGCUUGAUCUAGCGUGUGCGGUAUUUGCCGGCAUUUGCAACAGAGAUCUUUUCUCGUGGACUAUCAUGAUCGCAGCUUUUGCCCGGGAUGGGCACUUCUCCGAGGCAUUGUUGCUGUUUAGACGGAUGGAGCUCGAUGGAAUAAAGCCAUCCCCGGUGACUUGCGUGACAGUUCUUGCCUCCUUCACGGGGCCCAGGCUUCUCCCGCAAGCUAGAAAGUUUCACGCAAGGAUCGAAGCUCUGGGCCUGGAAUCAAACGUUAUAGUCGGGACUGCGGUGAUCACAAUGUAUGGGAAAUGUGGAAGCCUGACAGAUUCCAGGCUAGUUUUCGAGAGAAUGCCGCAAAAGAACCUCGUCACCUGGACGACGCUGAUAUCGACCUAUGCCCAGCACGGCCAUGGAAAAGAAGCGAUGGAGAUUUUCGAGAGGCUGCUCGCUCAUGGAGGAUUGGAACCCGACGCGGUUGCUUGCGUGAGCGCUCUCGACGCUUGCUCGAGCCUGGCAUCGCUAGAGCAGGGCAGGAAAGUUCACAGGAUCGUCGUCUCGAGGGGAUUCGAGAGCAACACAGUCGUGGCAAACGCUCUCGUGUUCAUGUAUGGGAAAUGCGGGGCUGUGGAAGAAUCGAGAGCAGCGUUUGACACGAUCCAACACAAGAAUCGCAACUCAUGGAACUGCAUGCUCACGGUUUACACCCAAGGAGGCCACUUCCGCGAGGCGAUGGAGCUCUUCAAAAGGAUCGACGUAGAGCCGGACCACGUCACUUUUCUCUGCCUUGUUCUUGCUUGCUCUGGUGCGAAAGACCUUGCCGAAGGAAUUGCCACUCACAGACUGAUCGAAGAGAGCGAGGUUGCUUCGAACGAGGCCCUGUGCCACUCGCUCAUGAACAUGUACUCCAAGCUUGGGAGGCUAGAGAGCGUUAGGGAAAUCUUCGAAAAGAUGGCGAGCAAGAACGUGAUCUCCUGGACGUCCCUCGUCUCGGCCCACGCCCAAGCCGGGGAUCUGGAGAUGACGCUGUCGCUCUUCGCGGGAAUGCAGCUCGAUGGCGUCGCUCCAGACAGCAUCGCGUUUGUGAGCGUCUUGUCUUCGUGCAGUCACGGAGGAUUGCUCGAGAGCUUCCCAGUGCUCUUGCGGUGCAUGGUGGAGGACUGCGAGAUCCUUCCACGCGUGGAGCACUACGGCUGCGUUGUGGACGCUCUGGGACGGUGCGGGAAGCUUGACGAGGCGGAGAGGUUUGUGGAGGAGUUGCCGGUGAGAGUGGCAGUGCUGUGGAUUGCGCUGCUAGCGGCGUGUUCCACUCACAAGGAUGUGAGGCGCGCAAGGCGGGUCGCGGAGCGGGCAUUUGCGCUGGAGCCUCGGCAUUGGUCGACGUAUGUGAUGUUCGCAAACAUCCUGGGCGAGGCCGGUGAGCGGGAUGAAAGCGCCGCGAUCAAACAGAGAAUGGAGGAGUUGAAAGCUCGAUCACAAGAAAAAGGAGCACAUAUUUCGUAA